ACAUUAAUCCCCGAACCAAAGCGUAGCCAAACGCCGAAGUGACGCUAGGUGACGUGCUACGUUCUAGUCGCGUUUUGAUGAUGUAGUUGCAGAUCGUCCAAUCAGCGGCGGGCAACAUGGCGGCCGGGAAGAGGAUUUCGCGCUGCAGCUUUGAUAUGCAGAUUUACUUCCACAAAGAAGUUUCAAAUUGCUGAAUAUGGAAAACAAACAGCUGUGUCAAGAUAAGGGUUUAGCUGAUAAGCAUAAAAUCGAAAAGGGGAAGGAUAUGGAUGAAAGCUACAUGACUAUUGACCCUGUAGGUGAAAAGUCUUUGUUGCUUUCAUCAUCAAUGUCUUCGGCAGAGAAGAUGUCUGCAACUCCAAGCACUAAAAGACUAAUGCUAGGACAGAAUCCUUCCAGAAAAUUAAAGGGAGGGUGCACCGCAAAUGAGCCUUUGACAAAACGACCAAAAAUUGAAGAGGUUACCGGUGAUGGCAGUGAUCAUAUCAACCCAAAUAAUAAAGAUAGCACAGUCAUACAAGUACCACCUUUGUCCAAGAGCGUCUUGCUCCCUAAUAAUGAAAAUUUCCUAAGGCAUGUACUUUCAGACUCCAAAGUCAAUGACAUACAGAGUAUUCCUGAAGAAAGGAAACAACUAGGUGGGAUAAUAAAUGCUGAAGAAAUUGUUGGCAAAAUUACAAAUAGAAAUGACUUUAGCAACAAACUUUCUGAAAAUGUGUAUUCUUCAAAUUGUGUUCUUACUGAAGAAAACAGCUGCCUUACUAGGAAAAACAACAAAAUUCCAGUAAACCCAGUGUCCAUUCAAAGCAAAAUAUUUUCCUGUGAUAUCUGUGGUGUUCAGUGCUCGAAAAAAAAUCUUUUGCACAAACAGCAUAAUUGCCAGACUCAGGUUCAUCAUGAGAAUGUUGGAGCACUCAAGGACACUUGUAAGAAAAUGCUUUCAAAUAUUAAAAAAAAAUCCAGCAAGAGCAAAGCUAAACUGAUUAAAUCCAAAUUAACAGCUAAUAUUGACACAUACUCGGACAAAAGCAAUUUAAGAGACUCUCUUAAAGCAAAAGCAAAGUGUUGUACAGAAAGUGAAUCGACUGUGCAUGGUGAAAAUAAAAAAUCAAAUAUUGGCAGAAAAACAAUGAAGCAAAUAAUUGCUAGAGAAUCAAAAAAUAUUUCAAAAAUCAUAUUGGCCAUAAAGGCCAAAAGACAAAAAGACCAAACAGCAUUUGAAAAAAAAAAAUUCUUUAUGAAAAAGUAUGGUUUUGGUCAAAUUAGGAAGAGAUUGCAUAUGAGAAGAAUAACGAAAAAAGGCCAAGUAUGCUUAAAACCUUUAGCUAUGCCCUCAGAAAUGUUACAAACAGAGUACACCGAUGGCACAGAAAUGAAUAAUGAUCAGAAUAGUGCAACCAUAUUUCAUUCUAGUUCAUCUGAAGUAGAACAAGCUAAAGAUGACAAUACAUUGCACAUGUGCAUUCAUUGUGAUAAAGUGUUUUCAAAUGAUAAUGCACUAGAAGGACAUGUUAAGAGACUACACAGCAAGGAAAGUCCGUUUUAUUGUCUAUCUUGUGAUUUCAUUUGCUUGAAUAGGAGGAAUUUCGAAAAGCAUUGCCAGAGUAAUUGUAAUCAGCCAGUGAAAGGUAACUUAGAAUGCCAUAUCUGUUCAGCUGUAGCUGUGGAUAUAGAGACCUUCAAUGCUCACAUGAUUGUCGACCACAACUUGAGAUUCUAUUGUGAUCUAUGUAAACUUUAUUAUAGGCUGAAGGAAGAGUUAUUGCACCAUGAAACAAUUCAGCAUAAUUUCCAAAUUCAAAAAACUGCAGAAAAACUGGCUUUGCAGAUAUCUGAUCCCAGAAAAAGUCAAGCACAAAUUGAAAUCAACACUAUAGCAAAUACAACAGAAGUGGCAACAGACGAUAAUCAUAUAAAGGAAGAUGUUAAACAUCCAUCUCAUUCUGAAUCUGGGAAGCAACAAUUUCAGUGUAAAAAAUGUUUUUACAAGACACGCUCAUCAACUGUCCUUACAAGACAUAUCAAACUUCGCCAUGCACAUGCCUUUUACUUUUUAUGUAAAGCUUGCAAUAUUUAUUCGAUGUGUAAAGAAGGCAUGGAAAAGCACAUCAAAAGAAGUAAGCAUAUAGAAAAUGCUAGGAAAAAUAACAUUGGCUUGCUCUUUGAGGAAUGUAUAGAAAAAGUUAGGUUUGAUGGAAUUUCAGAUCCUAGUGUAGUUGAGGAUAGCUCUAAAGAGAGUCAGCCAUUACCAGUGCUGCAGUCCUUUUCAAGUGAGACUUUAACUUCCACUGUUGAACAGCUAUAUUCCAGUCAAGACUCCAAUGCAAAUGAACAAAAAAAAGGAAGACCAAAAGGAAACAUGUCUAGAUUGUGUAAUUACUGUGGCCUUGUGGCUUCAAGUGUGACAAAUUUAUCAGUUCAUAUAAGGCGAAAACAUAGCCAUCAGUAUAGCUACUUAUGCAAAGUUUGCAACUAUUCCACUGUAACUAAAGGUGACAUGGAGCGACACUGCACCACCAAAAAACAUAACAUUCGUGUAGCUGUAGAAAAUAAAGGACCACAUAAAAAAGAUGUUAUUGUUACGUCUGAUGGAAGACAAUUUGAAGGGAUUUCUAAGAAAAAUGAAACCAUGGCUCCUAGCCCUUUAGAUAAUGGACAUCCUAACUCUGUCAGUACAGAGAAACCUGUUUGUGCCUCUGACACACUGGCAGUUCAGCAAGUGUCAAAUCAAAUCUGCUCAAUAAAUUUGACAGGAGGCAGCCCGGGAUUUGAAGUUUGCGUUACAGUAGCAGAAAAAGAUAAUAAUAUUGAAAGUGAUCCAAUAAAAAAGGGGUCUUUUGAAACUGGAGUAGAAGAAACAGUCAGGAAGCAACAUACCGAGGAAUUUCAGUAUUACUGUAUGGCAUGUGAACACUAUACUCUAACACACCGUGAAAUGAUGGAACAUGUGGUAAUGGAGAAACAUAAGAUGAAUUACCAGGCUUACAAAUUGCAGUCUUCAUCAGUGAUAGAUGUCACUCCUGACAGUAGCCACACAUCAUCAGAUGACUUGUCUAAACAGCCAGUUCAAGGAAAUGAUAAAGAAUGCUCGACAACCAUUACUCAAAAUCCAAAGGUAGUCUUGGAAAAAGACAGCCAGGUUUCUGCUCCAGAAGAAGGAGGAAAGUUAACACUGGCUGCAUCCAAAACAACCAUCACCUAUACAAAAGAAAACACUGAAAUCAAUACAAAUCCUGAGCUAAUAAGGAGUCUGGCUAAUAAGGAGUCUAGCGAGGAAGGGCAUGAAAAUGGAACUGAACACCUAGUUUCAGAAGUAUAUGCCAAAGACAAAAAAGAUGAAGAGGAAUAUGUAAAAUCAUGUGAAGAUGAUUCUGUUGUUGAAAUCAUACAUUUAAAAAAUGGUGAAUCUGUGUCAAAUGCUCAUUCUGAAGAGAUUAUCCUUGAGGCUGAGAAUGAGAUGGAAGUUUGUUCAGUUGAGGAUACUGUAGGUCUAGAUAUUUCAUCAGGUGUCGUUGCAGUGGAAUUGAGCAGUGCAAAUGGAUCACACAGUGCUGAUCAAAGCAGAGAACAAUUUGAUUCUUCAAUUGUAAAACUACAAAAAUGGCAAGUAGAAGAGGGUGCUUUACAAUCGGUAAAAGGGAAAAGAGGCUAUGGAAAAUCUCACAGAAGCAAAGCUCGUAUCCGCUGUGACGACUGUGGUUUCUUAGCAGAUGGCCUGAGUGGGCUAAAUGUACACAUAGCAAUGAAACAUCUAACAAAAGAGAAACAUUUCCAUUGCUUACUUUGUGGCAAAUCUUUUUUUACCGAAAGCAAUCUUCACCAGCACUUGUCUAGUGUUGGCCAUCUAAGAAAUGAACAGGAGAGUUUUGAAGAGCUGCCUGAAGGGGGAGCCACUUUCAAAUGUGUGAAAUGCACAGAGCAUUUUGAUUCUGAACAAAGCUUGUUUCUUCAUAUUAAAGAACAGCAUGAAGAACUGUUAAGAGAAGUCAGCAAAUACAUUCAGGAGGACACAGAACAAAUCAACAAAGAAAGGGAGGAGAACCAGGGAAAUGUUUGCAAAUACUGUGGCAAGACAUGUAAAAGUAGCAACUCUAUGGCUUUUCUGGCUCAUAUUCGCACUCACACAGGAUCAAGGCCAUUUAAAUGCAAGAUAUGUCACUUUGCGGCAGCUCAGCUGGGAGAUGCCAGGAAUCACGUGAAGAGACAUCUUGGUAUGAGGGAGUACAAGUGUCAUGUCUGUGGGGUGGCCUUUGUUAUGAAGAAGCAUUUGAACACACAUUUACUUGGAAAGCAUGGCCUGGGUACUCCAAAGGAAAGGAAAUACUCAUGCAACCUCUGCGAUAGAAGUUUCACGGAGAGGUGGGCUCUGAACAAUCACAUGAAACUACACACUGGAGAGAAGCCCUUUAAAUGUACCUGGCCCACAUGCCAUUAUUCUUUCCUCACUGCAUCAGCCAUGAAAGAUCACUACAGGACUCACACAGGCGAGAAGUCAUUCUUGUGUGACCUUUGUGGCUUUGCUGGUGGGACCCGUCACGCCCUUACUAAGCACCGGAGGCAGCAUACAGGAGAGAAACCAUUCAAAUGUGAUGAAUGCAACUUUGCAUCUACAACACAGUCCCAUCUAACAAGGCACAAGAGAGUCCACACAGGAGAGAAACCCUACAGGUGUCCUUGGUGUGAAUACAGGUCUAACUGUGCAGAAAAUGUCCGCAAACAUAUUUUGCACACUGGUAAGCACGAAGGAGUAAAAAUGUACAACUGCCCUAAAUGUGAUUAUGCAACCAAUGUCCCAGUGGAAUUUCGCAACCAUCUGAAGGAGCAGCAUGUCGACAUUGAGAACCCAGACUUGGCAUACCUUCAUGCUGGUAUUGUUUCUAAAUCAUUUGAAUGCCGGAUAAAGGGACAAGGUGCAAACUUUGUGGAGACCACCAGCCCUUUCACUGCAUCUUCUGCAAUAGAAACUUCUCCACUGAAAGAAAAAACACCUCGAAGUACCAGAAGAUCUCCUGCAACUGAACAAGUGCAGCAGGUCAUUAUUAUCCAGGGGUUCUCCGAAGAAUAUGAUGGGGAUUUUACAAUUGAUACUUCUGUUGAGGAGACUGCAGCAGCAACCCUUCAGACUCUGGCAAUGGCUGGUCAAGUAGCAAGAGUUGUCCAUAUUACUGAAGAUGGCCAAGUAAUAGCUACUGAUCAAACUGCUCAUUUGAAUAGUAUCAUUCCAGGAGAUAUGCUAAGUGAGCAGUUGCCAGAGGGAGCUACACAAGUUGUGGUAGUUGAAGGGCCUGUCGGAGAAACAGAUGUUGCUGAGUCUGUCUCAAUAGAGACCGUUACUGACUCUACUGGAAAUGUGGUACAGCAGGUCAUGGCACAGGGAAUUUUAGAUCCAUCACAGACUGUGCAUGCUGCUGAUUCCUCUACAGCACUGGAUGCACUUCUUUGUGCUGUGACUGAGCUGGGAAAUGUAGAUGAAGGAAACACUCAACAAAACAGAACGGAAGGACAAGAAUCAGUGGUGAGGAUUGCAAGUAGCCAGGAAUGUAAUCCUAGUGCAGGUGAAAUACAGAUGUACCAUGAAGUACAUGAUGAAUCUCAAAGUAUUGAACCAAUGGAGGUUGUAAGGCGAGUCAUGCAUUCUUCAAGUAUUCUUACAUCCCAAGAAUCUGCUCAAGUAGCAUUCAAAAAGAUGGUUCAGGGGGUGCUACAGUUUGCUGUUUGUGAGUCUGAUGCAGCAGAUCAGCUGGGCAUUACUCAAGUAAUAGUAAAUGACGAAGGAACGGUGCAUAUGGUCUCUAGUGAAGGCCCUCGUAUAAUUAUGCACAAUACCGAAAGCCAUACCCUUAAUCUACCUGAGCAAAACGUGGAUCUGGUUGAAUCUGACGAGGACAUUUCACAAAUAAUUGUCACUGAAGAGCUAGCCAGGGCCAUGGUUCAGAAUGUCGGCAGCAGCUUUACAGAUGGCACCACCCAUUAUAUUGUGACUGAAUUACCUCAAGAUGAAAUGCAGAAAGAAUCUGGUAUUUUUUCCCAUGCAGUUAUAGAGACAGACGAAUCAGGAGAUAUUCUGCAUGCAGAAACGACUUUGGGGACAGAAAUUCCAUCUGAUGCCGCAUCAGAAGAACUUACAAGCAUGACAGUUUAUACAGAGUGUAGUUCUCAAGAUAUACAAGAAGCAAACCAAAAUGAGGCUAGUGAAGGACAGGGGCAAAUGUAGAGUGACAGUCAUCGCUGUCAUCCAGUUCAGUUAUAGUGUAAUACUAGAAAUUCUAUUUGAGUAAUGUGAAAGAAAUUGCAAAACUGGCACCAGGUCUAGUAAAUCAACUUAAACAGCCAAUUGGUAAAGGCUACCUACUGAUUGGUGUAAACGUUUCAACUUUUGCUACAUUAGCCUUAUUUUGUUUAUUCAAUGUAUAAGACUUUUGUUUCGACCAAGACAUGGCAGUAAAGAUGGAAGACAUCUAUUAAUAUAUAGACUGAUACAUGUGUGUUAACUGAUUUCUCCAAAUAAAACAAAGACACCAGUUCCAUAUGCAAAGGUGGGCCUUUAAUUGCCGAGUGAUCACAUUGAUUAGCGGUGUUAAAUUUCUGCCGUUGGCUCUUUUACACUCCCAUGGGGCAUUCGUCUUUAAAUAACCUCCUAUCUAGGUGAACAUCUGUGUUGGUGUGAGAUAUGUUCUGUAUCCUUUUAACAAAACACGUGGGAGAAUUGACAUGAGCUUCUUCAUAUGAAAUAUCAGUUUGAAAAUAAAUGGCAUCUACAUUUCUGGAUUAGCAAAAAUACAUUUAACAAAAAGUUUAAGAAAUGUACAGUGAAACAUAAAAUUCCAUUUCUGCUGCAUUAUUGAAUUCAUUUAUACAAAUAGCUUAAAGAAAUGUAAUGUUUGCUUUGUUUAUUAUAUCCUUGAGCUUAUGUUGAAAUGCAUGCUGUGGAAAAAUCACAGAUAAAUAGCUUUUCUGUGAUUUGCAGUACAUUCUUUGGGAUUUUAUUUAUGUUUUAAUUUCAUAAAACUGUACAAAAGGGAAAUGCCUUGAUAUCCUCUAUUUAAACAUGGUUUGGGGUUUAAUUUGGUCGCUAGCUUAAUUUAUCGCAGUGUAAGGUUUAUUUUCAUGCAAAGCUCUGAUAUACUGAAAGACCACCAUAUGCUGUUUAUUUUAUUAUGCUAUAUACAGAUUCUGCUGGCAGUUUAAGGUAUGGCUUGACAAACUGCCAUUUAGCAAAUUUUUGAUAAGUCUUAUUAUUUUGCAGAAGAAAAAAAACCUUAAUUUUCCAACUCAGCAACACCGGUGUGCAUGUCAUUUAGAUUUACAUUUUGUCUAAGUAUAUAGGACAUACAUAAUUAUUCAGUCUCAGGUAUAUCAGUAGCUUUAGCACAUUAACUGAACUUACUGGUUCUCUUAGUGAUUCACCUGAGCUCUAAGAAAGAAGGUCUGACAAAAUGCUUUAUUAGGAGAGUAGGGUCUGAAAGAAAGAUAAGCACAGUCCUAGAGCCCACCAAUGUAAUGGAACUGAGUGGACAUCUUGAGUAUCCAAGGAGUUAUGACAAACCCAAUUUCCAUCAUAUGCCUUGGCUGAUCGACAGCUUUUAACUGGUAGUUAUAUGUUAUAUUUUAUAACAAUUGCUAUUUAAUGGGGUUUGGACACCCCCCUGACAUAGUAUAUUUUUGCACUUCCCUUGCAGUUGUUGGGAAUGUCAUUUAUAAUUAAUAGUAACUACACAUGAGCUGAUUUUUCUGGCAAGAUAUCCAGUUAAUCUGUCCUACAAGAUAUUGUGCUUUUUGACCACAAACUAAGAAAGGCCAGGCUGAACUAGCGUUGGUUGAUUGGACCAUGAGCAAUAUUGUUUAAUAACCUUGACUAAAGGCUUACUAUGCUCCAGGAUGAUGAUCAGUGACCCCCACAAAUAUCAUGAUAGAUCAACAAGUUUUUCCCUGUUGGGUGAUCAGCUCUGAUAUAACUAACUGCAUUAGGGUAGGAUCUUUCAAAAUGCCUAUAUGGGGGAAUCCACACAUGGUCUGACUGUGAAAAAUGACCAAACUGAACAAGCUGGAUGACCAGAGCUUGGCCAGAUGUAUCUGUUGCUUCAUUAACUUGCUCCAUAUCAGAGUUAUCCUGGCUGAGGACAUGUUUCCAUGAACUGAAACAGUAGAACCCUGGUUUAGAGAAUCUGCCUUUAUCCUUAUAUGCAACUUACUGGGUUGUAUGCGACAAGGUUAUCAAAAAUGAUUUGAUGUUGAAGAGCCCUGGCCAAAUGAAAGUUAUCCUAUUUUUAUGGCAGGAGUUGUCUUUUUCCCAUAUUGUAAAACAUUUUUGUUUGUUUUUCCAAAAUAAAAGAGCAACAAAA